AUGAAUCCAGAGGAUCCUUUGUAUUUAUACUAUCUUGGUAAAGCAAGAGAGUUGACGACGUUGGCUCACUGCAAUAAGACAACAAUAAACACGUGGGUAGGGAAAGAAGGGAGAGAUAUGAUGAAUACAUCACAUCCACCAAUACCACCAAUCACUACCUACAGUUUGCGUGAAAAAGGGAGAAUGCGUUGA